CUCUCUCUCUCUCACACACACACACACACACACAUGACUCCUCCCAGAAUCCUACUCUGUGGAGAUGUUCUCGGCCACCUCAAUCAGCUUAUCAAGCGCGUCUCUUCGGUUAAUAAAUCGGCUGGACCAUUUGAUGCUCUGCUCUGCGUGGGUCAGUUCUUCCCGGACUCGCCCGACGGGCUUGAGGAAUUGAUGGACUACGUCGAAGGCCGGUCCAGAAUCCCUAUCCCGACAUACUCCAUCGGAGACUACGGCAUUGGUGCCCCGAAGGUUCUCUCGGCUGCAUCAAAGGACUCGUCGAACCAAGGGUUUAAGAUGGAUGGUCUGAAUAUUUGUGACAACUUGUACUGGCUAAGAGGAAGUGGCAAGUUCAAUCUUCAUGGGUUAUCUGUGGCCUACUUAUCUGGUAGGCAAUCGGAGAGUGGUCAACCCUUUGGGACAUACAGUCAAGAUGAUGUUGAUGCAUUGCGGGCAUUGGCUGAAGAACCUGGAAUCAUAGACAUCUUCCUGACUAACGAAUGGCCCAGUGGAGUCACCAAUAGAGCUGCUACAUCUGAUGUUCCUUCAGGACUCUCAGAUUUAUCUGGUAGUGAUUCCACAAUAUCAGAAAUAGUAGCAGAGAUUAAGCCCCGCUACCACGUUGCAGGAACUAAAGGCAUAUUCUAUGCUCGUGAACCAUAUGCCAAUGUAGAUGCUGCACAUGUAACCCGUUUCCUAGGUCUAGCUCCUGUUGGAAACAAAGAUAAACAGAAAUUUAUUCAUGCACUUUCUCCGACACCAGCAUCUACUAUGUCUGCUGCUGAGCUUGACAUGAGGCCUCCGAAUACUACUUUAUUACCGUAUGGAUUUGCGGAGAAAACAGUCCAUACUGAUGGAGCAGCAAAGAGGCCUGGUGAUAGUAUUUCUGAUUUGCAGUACUGGCGGUAUGAUGUUUCACAAAAACGGCAGAAAUAUGGAGAUGGUGGUGGCGAUAAGCUGUGUUUCAAAUUUAUAUCUUCGGGAUCUUGUUCACGAGGGGAGAAAUGCUACUUUCGGCAUGAUGCAGAUGCCAGCGAACACUAUAUGAGGGGUGUGUGUUUUGAUUUUCUUAACAAAGGAAAAUGUGAAAGAGGCCCAGAUUGCAACUUUAAGCACAGUUUACAGGGAGAAGGUGAGAGAUCCGUUGACAGAAGGCUUGGAUCUGGGAAUGUGGUCGCUAACAGGUCAAAAGAAUGCUGGUUUUGUAUGUCAAGUCCCAACAUAGAAUCACAUCUAAUCACUAGCAUAGGAGAACAUUACUACUGUGCGUUGGCUAAAGGACCACUUGUACCGGAUCAUAUGCUGAUAAUACCUGUGGAACAUUCUCCUAACACUCUUUCUUCAUUGCCAGAAUGUGAGACAGAGUUAGGUAGAUUUCAGAACAGUGUCAAAGCAUAUUUCAAGAACCAAGGGAAGGAAGUUGUUUUCUUUGAGUGGGUUUUCAGACGAGGAACUCAUGCUAAUCUCCAGGUUAUUCCUGUUCCAUCAUCCAGAGCAUCUACUGUCCAAGAUAUUUUCAAUUUAGCUGCUGAAAAGUUGGGGUUCAAAUUUAUGGUGGUGAAAAGCGAUAAGAGUUCUGAAGGGAGAAAACUGUUGCGGAUGCAGUUUGAUAGAAAUUGCAGUUUAUUCUAUGUAGAGCUCCCUGGAGGUGCAAUUCUGGCACAUGCAGCCGAGGACAAUGAGAAAUUCCCUACGCAAUUCGGUCGGGAGGUUUUGGCAGGCUUGCUGAACAUGGCAGACAGGGCCGAUUGGAGGAAUUGUAAGCUCAGCAAAGAAGAAGAAAUAAAAAUGGCGGAAAGUUUCAAGAGCCGAUUUGAGGAAUAUGACCCAAAUCAGUGAUUUUCAUCACAGAAAGUAUGGAAUGUGAAAUCAAUAUUCUGUGCAUUAGACAUUUUUUGCCACUCAAAGUGCUGUUGGAUGCUACCCUUUGCUUUGAGGUAUUGCCUGAUUGCCUGUUUCUCAAUUGUUGCCAUCCUAUACCACUGUUUAGCUCAUUCACUGCCCUAAUCUCCGGCGAACAGUUUGGACAAAUAUCUCAUUCUCAUUAUCGAAAGAACGCCACUUCACAUAAUAUCCACGUUGGCGUCCCCCACAGCCCUUGGAUCAAUCCUAUCUUCUGAGCCAGAUGCUAUUGACAGAAGGUGGGCUUACUCAAAUGGAUCCUUUCGGUCCCCUUUACAAUUUCUUGGUUUGUGUAUGUGUAGCACUUCUUCUUGUGGGUCAUUUUUUUCUUAGCUUACCUGGUUCCCAUGCUUAUAAGGUGUUGAGAUUAUCUUCAGGCUCAAAAUUGUGCUUAGAUUAUUUGUCUUUUCAUUUUUAAAAAUGGUGUUCGACACGAGGACUUUCCAGGGGUCAGCAGCAAUCCAGUACUACUCCUGCCCAAACAAGUUUAAACAUGGGCAGCAUCCUCAUGGAAUUUACAGCUUGUGGUCACACUCUUAAAAAGUCAAAAACUUGAUUUUUGCUGUAAAGUUUCCUUGAGACUUGGGUUUGGAAUGAGCCACCGACCUAGUGUGGGGAUAUGCUGAGUUAAAUGUGUGGUCUCUUUUCAGCCUUAACAAUACACAUUCCUUUUUUUUUUUUUGGUAGUG